AUGUCAAGCUCCAAGGCGCUGCUCAAGUCCAUCAACGAUGCGAUUCGGCAGCAGAAGUUUGACGACGCCAUCGACCAGGCUCAGGGCUACCUGAAAAAGGACCCCAAGAGCUACCAAGCCCUCAUCUUCCUGGCCUUUGCCUUGGACAAGUCAAACCGCCUAGAUGAGGCCGAGACCGUCUACCAAGAUGCCACCGCGCUCCGCCCACAGGACGCGCAGGCCUACCAGGGCCUCAUCAAGAUCUAUGAGAAGCAGGGCACCAAGAAGCUGGCCGAGUACCAGCGUGCCGUCGUCAGCCUGGCACACGUGUUCCGCGACGCCGACGACAUGUUCAAGUGCCAGGAGGUUGUCGACAAGUUUGUCGACUUUGCCAGAGUACAGGGCGACAAACUUCAGUACGCUGAUGCCCUCUGGAUCCAGCUCCCGGAGAGCCCCCUCUACCCAGUCCUGGAAGGCCGCUUUCCCCAUCCCGCAAGGACCUACGAAACUAUUGCCCUUAUCCUUGAAGAGUUUGAGAAGAAGCGCAUCAACACGCUCAUAGGAGAACGACGCACCCGCCUGGGCGCCACGUUGACUGAUGUCACAAUCGAAGUCAAGCGGGAGGUGUUCGCACUUAGCAAGCUGGAGCACGUCUAUCGGCAGCUGAUCAAUUGGACCAGCGACGACGACGUGAGGAGGACUUACGAAGAAAAGCUCCUUCAACAUUGCUACGACCGCCUGCUAGUCUCUCCUACUGCCGCGAAAGCGGAGGAGCAAGCAAAGGUGCGGGGUCUCGCAAACGACAUGGUCAUCAUCAAGCACCCCUUCAAGCUGGCGUGGGACAUUGCCAUCAACUGGCAAGACCACAAAGAUAUCAAGGACUGGGAUGUGACCGUCCUGAGAGAAUACUGCGGCUUCUUCCCCGACAGCGAUCUUUACAAAGUCAUCACCGGCUACUUGACGAGUGCCAUAUCACCGUUCCCUCCGCCAGCCGAGACCGAGAAAAAGGCCGCGUCGAUGGCUGGGUCUGAGGAAAGCGAGGAUGACGAUGAAGACGGCGGUGUUCCCACAUCAUUUGUCCCUCUGACAGACGACGACCGCCUCAUCAUGAUCACAGAAGGCAUAGCAGGCACCGAGUCCACGUUUGCGUACCGACUGGUCGGCCAUUACUUCCUUCACUUCGGCGAGUAUGAGAGCACAGUCGAGUUUAUGCGCAAAGCGCACCAGUUCAUCGUCAAGGAGCGCACAAAGACGGGCCUCUCCUUUCGCAACACAUAUGACGCAUACUCAUUGUCUCUCGGCACAGCGCUGGUCUACUACCAGUCGCCGAGACACCACCAGGAGGCCAAGAAUCUGUUCGACAAGGUGCUAGAGCAUGACGAAACAUCGACACCGGCCAUGAUAGGCGUAGGGCUUAUCUUUGAGGAAGAGGAAGAGUAUGAUGAGGCCGUCGACUACCUAAGCCGCGCCCUCGAGCGUGACCCAUCGAACAUCCGCGUCAGGUCUGAAGCGGCCUGGGUCAAGGCUUUGAAAGGGGACUGGCAGACUGCAAGGGCCGAGCUCUUGGACUGCGUCAAGCAGCUGGAGCAAAAGGGAGCCAACGACAAGGACCUACUGGCCGACACUCAAUAUCGUAUUGGCUCCUGCAUUUGGAAUCUGGACUCGAGUCGGCAAGCGAGAAAGCAGCGAAAGGGCGAUAGUGCAUAUGCAUAUUGGCUGGCCGCUCUCAACAACGACUUGAACCACGCUCCCACGUACACCAGCCUUGGAAUAUUCUACAACGACUACGCCAAAGAUCGAAAGAGAGCGCGCCGGUGCUUCCAGAAGGCUCUCGAGCUCUCUUCCGCAGAAGUUGUUGCCGCGGAGCGGUUGGCUCGAUCUUUUGCAGAAGACGGCGACUGGGAUCGUGUGGAGCUCGUUGCCCAGCGCGUGGUAGACUCAGGCAAAGUUAAACCGCCGCCUGGGUCGAAGAGAAAGGGCAUCAGCUGGCCGUUUGCCGCGCUAGGCGUGGCCGAGCUAAACAAGCAAGACGUCCACAAGGCGAUUGUUUCGUUCCAGGCUGCACUCAGGCUGUCGCCCGGAGACUAUCAUUCUUGGGUUGGCUUGGGCGAGAGUUACCACAGCUCCGGACGGUACAUUGCCGCCACAAAGGCGAUACUGAACGCGCAGAGCCUUGAGACGGAGAGCAACGGCGACAUAUCCAGCGACAGGUGGUUCACGAAGUACAUGCUUGCCAAUAUCAAACGAGAACUAGGCGAGUAUGACGAGUCGAUCACCUUGUACCAGGCCGUGUUGGAAACCCAUGCUGGAGAAGAGGGUGUUAUCAUUGCUCUCAUGCAGACUCUGGUAGACAACGCUCUGGCGUCCGUGGAAAAGGGGUUGUUUGGAAAAGCUGUCCAGCUUGCCAUGGACACUAUCAACUUUGCAGCCACCACGAGUGGGAGUGUUCGAGACACGUUCAACUUUUGGAAGAGCCUGGCGGACGCUUGCUCCGUGUUCUCAUCUGUCCAGAGCCGUGUCGCGGACUUUCCUGUGCAGACUAUCAAAUCGCUUCUGGAGAGUGGAAACCAGCAGGCUUUUGAGAUCUCUGGUGACGUGGACAAGGUUGGGACUGACGUUGUAUACGCCCCCGGCACCAGCGUCAAUGGAGAUGGCCUAGGCGGCGGCAUUACCCGGUGCCUGCACGCAACUAUUCUGUGCCACAAGCUGGCCAUUGACGUUUCCUCGGGAGACAUUCACGCCCAAGCCGUCGCACACUACAACCUGGGCUGGGCUGAGUUCCGCGCACACUCAUGCCUACCGGAUCAUCAGCGCAAGAAGUCGAGCAACUACAUCAAGGCUGCAGUGAGGGCUUUCAAGAGAGCCAUCGAGCUGGAAAGUGGCAACUCCGAGUUUUGGAACGCACUCGGAGUGGUGACGAGCGACAUCAACCCGCCCGUUGCGCAGCACGCGUUCGUCAGGAGCCUGCACUUGAACGAGCGCAGCCCCGUAGCGUGGACUAACCUGGGCGUCUUGGCCUUGCUGUCUGGUGAUACGAGGGUGGCAAACGAGGCAUUCACUCGAGCACAGUCGGCAGAUCCGGACUACGCACACGCCUGGCUGGGGCAGGGAUUCGUUGCGCUGCUUGUUGGCAACGCAAAGGAGGCCCGGGGGCUCUUCACACACGCCAUGGAGAUUUCUGAAGCAUCGUCCGUUCCCACACGGCGGCACUACUCUGCAUCCACGUUCGACCACAUCCUCACUGCUCCGCCGAACAUGACCGUGGCUUCUCUCAUCCAACCGCUGUUUGCACUCAAUCAGUUGCAAAGCCUGCACCCGCAAGAUCUGGCGUUUGGCCACUUGUCGACCAUGCUCCAAGAGCGGACGAGGGAGCACGCCCCUGCUGUGCAGACGCUGGAGAAGAUUUGCGGUGUCAUCGAGGCCGACUAUGAGGCCACUGAGUCUGCCGAGAGCCUUGCUAGGUUUACAUUGGCAAAGACCGACUUGGCCCGGGCAUAUCUCGCCGCAGGGUGGUACGACCAGGCUGUGGAGUGCGGCGACAUGGCCCUCGGCCUGAGUAGCGACGAGAGCGAGAGCGAGCUGACGGGCGAGCAACGGAAAAAGGCCCGGCUGUCCGCACACCUGACGGUCGGCUUGGGGCAAUACUAUCUGGAGCAGUACGACGAGGCGCAAAAGUGUUUCGAGGCCGCGCUGGGAGAAUCAGACAACAGCCCCGAUGCGACCUGUCUCUUGGCGCAGGUUCUUUGGGCGCAAGGCUCGGAAGACUCGCGGGAUAAGGCCCGCUCGGCCCUGUUCGAGGUUAUCGAGAGGCAGCCAGAUCACGUCCAGAGCGUCCUUCUCCUCGGUGUCGUUGCGCUCCUGGAUCAGGACGAAGACAGCCUGGAGGCCGUCGUGGAGGAGCUCCAGAAGCUGCGUACAAACGAAAGCGUCACGACCACGGAACAGUCGCACAUUGGCGAAGUGCUCCGGGCCAUCGCCGGCUUGGGCGACGGUCGCACGGAGCAGGACAUGUUGACGCAGGUCCAGGAGGACGUGAUGCUGUACCCGCAUCUCCCACACGGUUGGGCGUCCCUCGCAGAGACGACGGGCGACCCAUACGCGUCCCAGAUGGCCCUGAAGGUGGCGGUCAGGGGCAUCCCGCCGCGCGGCGUGUUGGAGGCUCAGGACCUCGCCAACGCAUAUGCCGGCACGGGCAAGGCCGCGGACGCGCAGAGAGCUGCCAUGAUUGCACCGUGGGAGAAGCAUGGGUGGAAGGCCCUCGAGGUGGCUACCGCAGACGUGUAA